AUCGACGACAUGGAUGAUGCCUCAAGGUCCUUUACACAACGGGUACACAUGCAAGCAAGGGUCGGUCAGCGGCUUCUCUCCCCGUCCGUCUGUAGUAUAUAUCGACAAUCCCGAGAGAACCCGCCACCCCUACUCCCGUGCACUGCUACGAGUCAGGCGCCCACUGCACGAGUAGCACUCACAGUGAGGGCACAACGUGACGGAUCGUGCGCCAAGCCGCCAUGGGGUAUCAGAGCGCUUGUGAAAAACGCCUGAAAAGCACACAGUGGAGGACACACACGACGCUGAAAGCAAUGUGUGGCCAUCGUUUCAUACCCCGAAGAAGAUGACGAACAUGAGAAUGGAGCCGAUGAAGCCGCCCGGCAGGAAGUGGCCAGAGUGGAGGUAACCCAUGAACAAACACACCUGCACGACACACACACAUUCAUUGACAGGCAGUAUCAUUGAAGCCGACGGCAUGCAUCCCGGUCUUGUGCCUCGACGCUCACUCACUUGAAUGACAGGCGUGAGCCACCCCCACACGGGCCACAAGGCGACCAUAAAGCUACACACAUACGUACACGGAGCCAGCUUAUUGUAUCCAUGCAUUGCAUGCCCAUCAUUCGAUUGGCUUACAAAACCGCUGCUGCCAGCCCGAUGCAGGUCAUCACUGGAAUGACCCUGUCACACACAACACAGGAAGGCAAGUCCCACCGGCCAAUCACACGUGGACUCUCCUUCCGCGAACUUCUUAUCGAGUUCUUCAUCGGCAGCGAUCAUAUCGUCCCGUUGCCACGGGAUCACCACAGCGAUGUAGAAGAGGCAGCAGAUGCAGAAACCCAAACACCCGAAACCCAAGUAGAGAAACACCCUGCACCACACCCGCACAACGCCCAUGACCCAUGCAUGGUCUGGCCUCUCUCUGCGUGUGUUGUGUUGUUUCUUGCCUUUUGACGUUUGGGCAUUCCCACAUGACGCGGAAGAGGUUGGUGUAGUAGAUGACGUAUAUGCUGGCGGCCACCCACAGCACGGCCUGCACCUUGUACCACACGUAGUUGAGCCGCUCAACCCACAGACGCUUCAGACGCUCACGCUCAUCCAACACCUGCAGGUCAUGGGAUGCACACACACACGACACAACAACACACAACACACAACACAUGAUGCAUUCAUUCAUCUGUCUGUCUGUCUGUCUGUCUGUCGAUGCCGUGCGUUUUAUGACCUCAUUUUCAUCGUCGUCAUCGUCUGCGAGCAGCUGCCGGCCGACAGGGAUGGGGUGGCCCGAUGCGCUCCUGCUCGUCGGCACAGGGCGGUAGCUGCCGGCGCCCUCCGGCCGACCGAUGUAACGCAGGCCAUCGAGGCGGGCCUGCUCUGGUGCAGUGACUUCACGAGCCUGAACGAAUGAACCAAGAUCCUAAAUUCAUUCGCAUCGGCCUUUUCUCCUCACCAUUGCGGCCAAGCACCAGCAGCAGCGGUUUCAGG